GGUGGUUUUUCGGCCCUUAUUGACAAUGAGCACCGAUUUAUUCAGAUCUUCCGCGGAGGCCCGUUCCUUUAUCGAUUCCCUUUGUGACAAAGAGAUUUCUGUUCAUAUCACGGAUGGGCGCUGUUUUGUCGGUCGUCUUUGGUGCACAGACCAUAUGGCCAAUUUGGUUUUAGGUCACUGUACUGAGUAUCCGGCUCCUUCUGAUACUUUCCUUGAAGACCAGAAGCGCAACCUAACUACUAUCGUUAUCCCUGGGCGCCAUAUCAUAAAGAUUGAAUGUUCUUCUACCCUUGUUCCACCUU